UAAAAAUAAGUCAAUCAAAAUUUUUGUAGUUUUUUGGUUAUUCGUAGUUUUUAAUAUAAUUUAAAAUAUCUAAAAAUAUCAAGACAUAGAAAUGUGAAAUUAUUAGUGUUGAUUGUUCAAACUUCGUUAGUAAAUAACAUCGGCGAAGAGAAACGGGCCUAAGUCUCCACAUGUAUCAGAGACCUCGAAUCCGUCUACAUCAGGCCUUAUGACAGACAAACCGAACGAAGACAGAAUGCGAAAAUGUGAUGAUGAAGGGCCAGCCAAAGAAAAUGAAGGUUCUGUGUCGGAUUGGAUAUCGGGAGGGCCUCUGGGGUCUAAGGGCGCCGUUCUGGUAUUCAGAUCGUGCGUCCUCGCAUCUAGAAGUCCUUCCGUAGAAUCUGAGACCAAAACGAUAGGAAACAACACAGGGACUACGAUACUACUCAACAAAGCUAAGAAUAUGGCGCGGAGAUUGGUGGCGGAACCGCACACAUUUUCUAUGAGAUCGAAAAAUAUAAUGCACGAUGUUAUGGAGACUUUUGGGACUAGUAAUUCUAAGUAUAAUGGGAGUGCUUACGUGGUUCGGCACGUAAGUGAAACGAACCUUGCUGAGCCGGUGUGUAUGGACGAGCAGGGUCACGAGGCACAGGACCCAAUGUCACACAAGAGGGACAUCGAGGACGUGCUCAAUGACUUGAGUAAGAUCACGCUGAAGAAACAUCUGAACAUAGAGAACACGACAGCUAACAUCAAGCCUCCUGAAGAACCGCCGCCCCAUGGGGCUUCUAAGGAUGGCAAAGAUGACAAGAAAAGUAAGAAGAACAAGGGUAAGCACAAGCGUAAGACGCCGGUGUCACAGCGAGCGAUCUCUCCUAGCCUUGACAGCGACGACUCGGAACAUCUGCUGGUCAAGGAAGUGGAAAGCGUCAAGGUCCUAGAAAGCAGUCAUAUGCCAGCUCGUCUUCUGAAAAUCACGUACAAACUGGUGAAUACGGAGACAAAACUCCUGCACCGGUUACUCCAAGCCCAUGGUCUUCAGGAAGCAGUGUCUGAAACCAAAGACUUCAACCUCCUUUGGUCCGGUCUCCACCCGAAACCUGAUGUCCUAAGAUCCUUGUCUCCGUACCAGCGAGUGAACCAUUUUCCCAGGUCCUACGAGCUGACCCGUAAAGAUAAACUCUUCAAAAACGUAGAGAAGAUGCAGUAUUUCCGAGGAUUAAAGCAGUUUGACUUCAUCCCCACCACGUUCCUAAUGCCGGCCGAAUAUAAGGAGUUGUGCUCCACCCAUUAUCGGACUAAGGGACCCUGGAUUGUGAAGCCGGCCGCUUCGAGCAGAGGGCGCGGGAUUUAUAUUGUUAAUUCUCCGGAACAGAUACCAAAAGGCGAGAACGUAGUAGUAGCAAAAUACAUAGACAAACCUCUUUUGAUCGGAGGUCACAAGUGCGACCUCCGUCUCUACGUGUGUGUGACCUCUAUAGACCCUCUCCUCAUAUACCUGUACGAGGAGGGCCUAGUGAGGUUCGCCACGGUGAAGUAUGACAAGACCAACAAGAACCUCUGGAACCCGUGCAUGCAUCUCUGCAACUACAGCAUCAAUAAGUACCAUACGGAUUAUAUCAAGUGUGACGACCCCAACGCCGGAAAUAUAGGUCACAAAUGGACCCUAUCGGCCUUACUCCGGCACCUUCGCAAGCAGGGGCGUAACACCACGGCACUAAUGGCGGCCAUAGAGGACCUCGUCGUCAAGUCCAUACUAUCCUCGGCCCAAACAAUCACUGCGGCCGCCAGGGUGUUUGUACCUAACUUCUUUAAUUGUUUUGAGCUGUUCGGCUAUGAUAUUCUAAUCGACGACAUGCUGAAACCGUGGCUGCUGGAAAUCAAUCUAUCUCCCAGCCUGGCGUGUGAGAGUCCGCUGGACGCGCGCGUGAAGUCAGCCCUACUUGCAGACACGCUGACACUGGUGGGAUUGCCCGCCGUGCCCAUGUCUAAGGCUGAUAUAUCCACGCAGAGCAACUCGCUCAAGAUGAGGAUUGGAGCGUGUCGCCGCGUACACUCGGCAGAGAACGUGUUCGUCCGCGGCAAGCGUGCGUCUGCGGAGGCGCACGGCAGCGGCAGCAGUGGCGGCCCCGCGGCCAGCGGUGGCCACGCGGCCAGCGGCGGCCACGCGACCAGCGCCGCCACCAGCUCGGGCUCCGGGGGCUCCGGGGGCUCGCUCACUGGGGAGGAGCUCCGCCUCGUCCGCGCUGUCAGGGCGCAAUACGCGCGCCGCGGGGGCUUCGUAAGAAUCUUCCCUUCACAAAAUUCUUGGCAGAAGUAUUCGCAGUAUUUGGACCCCGUGACGGGCAUCCCGGUGUGCUCGACGUCCCUGAACAACAACAUCCCGUACCAGGUGGUGCAGCACAACUACAACCUGCUGGUCCACUCGCACGUGCUGCCCCACUUCCAGCACGCCACCGUCGCCACCAGCCUCACCGACACGCCGCAGAGACUAAAGCGUUACGAAGCAGUGAGCAUCACUUGCCAGGCGCCGGCCGUCUGGUUGGGGGAGACUACUCCUCAACAUCACGAUACUAGGAGAGCUAAGGAACUUGUCAAACGACAACUCAUGGAUGGGAUGAAGCUCACGAUGGGCGAGGCUCGUCGCGCCUUCGGUUUAUACCUAACGCACGUCUUGAAGCGGGUAUCAUCCCCCAGCAACGAGCUGGGCGUGGCGCACGCGUCGCUAGUACUUCGGUUCCUGCGCAAGGCCUCCGCAUCACUCCGUAUGCCUUAUAAUGUAAAGGGUCCCCCAGCGAAGAUGUGUGACAAGGACCGUUGCGCCGUGAUAGCGAAGCAACUGAACGACUUCCUGUACAUGUACUACAGGGAGACAGACCUCUACACUGACAGCGAGGACAAGGAGGGCUGCGUCUCCAAUAUACACUUCGCGCAGUUCCUCUACUCCGCUAGCGAGGCAGACCUAGAAGACGUGUUACUUCUGCAACUAAAGAUGGAGAACUACCAGACGACGUUCCUGGGCGACACCCGCAACAUGUUCUGCGUGGACCUGCCCCCCGCCCGCCUCUGUACGGAGGCCCCCGCCAGGCACACGCUGCUCAAACAUCUCGCUUGUCUCUCGCCCAAUAAUACUAGGAAGUACAGAUCUGAAUGGAUGACGUGGAUCAACACAGCUGCUAAAUUGGGGCAGUCUGACUCCCAAAGCCGGUCAGAGACAGACACGGAUAGCGAGCAGACGCGGCCUCCCUUCACCAACUCAGACGUGGUCCUCAAGGAGUCACUCAAGGAGGAGAAACCUUUCACUCAAGCCAUCAAGUAUGCACGCUCGUAACUCUUGUAAGAUCCAACACGUAUUUUUGCUUGAUUAUGAAAUGUGUUGAAAAAAUGAACGUGUGAAGAAUAAUCGUAUUUAUUUAUUCGGUGAAUUAGGUACAAAAUAGCAGAAUUUUAAAGGCAGUAUUAUAAAAAAAAUAGAAGAAACAGAGUUAAAAGUAAAUUCUAAAAAAAAAUGUAUAAUUCGAAAAGCCUUCAAAGUCUAAAUGGAACGUUAUUGCUACACUCAAUAUAAUAAUAAUAACAAGGGCAACAAGUAACAACCUGUAUAUAUUUAUAAAUUUCCCGAUCGAUUUCGAUCAUGGUGGCCAGUCUAACUAGACUAGCCCACUACGCAGAAGAUAUUAUAGUGCACAAGUGCGUGCGCAAACAGAAGUGCACUCUCUGUUCCCUCACUGUCUGGACGAGGGGACGCCAGGCCGACACCACGGGAGAGAGGUCAGGCCCAGACCAACGGCUUUACGUGCUUUCCAAGGCACGGGGGCGAAACACCGCCGAACUUCCUAACUCCAGGCUAAUAAUAAUCAAUUUACCCAGAAAAUGCCACACUUUUUGGCGCGGAAAUACAACCUGCGACCCGUUGCUCAGCGGCCGGUCUCCCAACCAACUGCGCCAACCGUUAUAUCACGAAAUUAUAUAGACUUCUUAAAAGUUAUGGUAGACAUCAUCACUUAUGACCGGACUAGACAGUGAUCAAACAUCGAAUUAUUCGUACAAACACUUUUUAACUAACACGCAUGUUUGUAGAAGACUCAAAACACAAAUUUUUUCAACACAUUUCUCAAUACAAAAUGUGUUACCAGCUACUUACGUCAAAUGUUCCCUUAGCCUCAGCUUUCUCUAUACUCACGUAUUUUACCAAGUUACACCUAAGAUAAUACCAUGUCCCAAUUGUUUAUGUACAAAUUAAUACCAAAUCUAGUUAUAUUAAAUACAUACUAAGACGUAGCUAAGUGUACUAUGUUUACGGAGUCAUGCUUCGUCACGAAUGGGCCGGUUCAACUACGGCCUCAAAGAAAACCGACGUGAAACAAUGCUUGCGUUGUGUGAGUGAGGUUACCAGGAGCAUCUCCCCUAUAAGUUUGGCAGCGCCCUUGUAUCUUCUCUGGCGUUACAUGGGCGGUGCCGAUUGCGUAACACCAGGUCAACGAACCCCUCGUUUGUCUCCCAAUCCCUCAAAAACUUAUUACCUAGCUACGUCAAUGUAUACUUGUUAAAUUUACAAUCAGAUCUUAUUGCUAACUGUACUUAAUAAAUUAAUAUCAAAUAUUAGAAUAUCAAUAAAGUAAUGAAAUAUAGACCUUAUAGUAUUAACAAUAAGUUCUGAUUGUAGACUGACUGUAGUUCUCUCAUCGAUAAGUUAAAAUUAAAAUAUCGAUUGUAUGACGAUCUUAUCCUAGGACGGUUAGAUUCUACUCUAGUUACUUAGGCCCAUACCAUUUAGGGGUAUUCAGUCUCGAAGUUUUACUACCUUUUCGGAGUAACCCUGUAGAUAUACAUAAUCGAAAUGCAUAUUUUGUAUGGGUAGCAUACCUUCCCUAUCUAUUGCGAAUCUAACCGAACACAAGUCAAAAACAAAACAGAAUCUCAUACAAACAAAAAAUAGUGAAUCAGUAGUGUGAUACGCGAACCAUUACGACUGCCUUCCAAAUAGUACAAUCAUGCACGAUUUGCCUUCUAAUGUUAGCAAUAAUUAAUUAAAAUAUAAAUUAAUGUGUUUACCCAGUACCUGGCACUAGAUAUAAUAAUCUGAAGGUGCUAUGUUAACGAAAUUCUGUUGUAGAGUAGUAGCGGUUGUAGCAAGGCAACUGGCGUUACCAUGGCAACGUAAUAACAGCUUAAAUAGAGCUCUCUAUACAUAGAUAGAAGGACUGGCAACUUAUGUCUGUAACUCCUCUAGUGUUUGGGGCUCCUUGGGCAGUGCCGAUCACUUACCAUCAUCAUCUGACCGCUGGUUUGUCCCCUGGCCUUUUCCGACUAUUUAUUUUAUUUAUAUGCAGGACUAAGACAAUACUAGUUAGCGUUAAAUAUAAAGUCUAGAAAACCUAGGACUGGCUUUCUAAAUAAAAAUGUGCAUUUAUAAUAAUAUAAGCUCUGCUGUCUAUAAAAAUUAGAUUAUUUCUAAUUCAAUUAAAAUAAUGUACUGUAAUGAGCAGAAUUAUGUGUGCAAACAGUUUAAAGAUUGACCAGUCAAUGAGCAGUUUUCUAGAAAUAUCUUUUAGGAGUGUUUAAAUCAUUCCACUCUGUUUUGAUGCUAUAUAUCUGGUAUUGUCGCUGUGACCUGGCAUUCUGCAAGCACCAAUGUGACUUGUUCCGAGUUAUAUGUACUUCCUAAAGGUUAUUAGACACCACUGAUAUACAGGGAAGGAAAACAUGGACUUUAUAAUUUCAAGUUAAGAGUUUGAAAUCGGAAAUCUACAUAGAGCAAGCAUGUGACUAAUGCGCAUUCCUUCUCCGUGUGAGAAGAGGCUUUUUAACUGAGCAAUCAAGCGGUCACCCGUGACCACUGUCCACUAAUUCCACCAUAGACCUUAUUUCCGAUGUUUAGAGACUACUUUUGUAUGAACAUAUUUUGGGGAUUUAUAUCAGGUGUACGAUGUUAUAAAACGGGUGAUGUAAAGAACAGUUGUCAAAGGUAAUAGCUAGUUGCAUUGUUACAAUCUACCAGUCAAGUUUGUUAGACUGACGUAGCGAUAUGUGAACGUACUUACAAAUUACAAUACGUCUCUCUAAUGUUGUGAUUGCCAAUCCUAUUGUUACAAUUUAGCUUGCUUUGUGAUAUGGUCGAAAUAGAUAGACUAGAUCUAAAAAUGUAAAGGUCUCAGCGAUUUUCGCAUACCUGUUAAAUAGUGACAAAGUUCAUUGAAGGUGGGAAUGAUCGUGGUUUGGAAUAGGCCCCUAGGAGAAAUGAUAUCUCGGAAAAUUGAUGAUUCCACCUGGAAUAACUAUCGUGAGACAUGCUAAAUAAAUAAAAAAUCGCGGAUAACUCAUGUGAAAAUACUGAGAAAAGCUCUACUAGUUUCCUUAUGAGCUGGGUACGCGGUCGCGGCGAUGUAGCGUAGAAAUGAGGUAGAACCCAUCUGUGGUUCGAAACUAGCAGAGCCUUUCUCGGUAUUUGCACGUGAGUAACCCGAGAUUUUUAGUUAAUUCAUCUGAAAGUCUAGACCUCCCUAAAAUUAGGCUUGAGCAGUGCCCUUGGUCUAUUUAUUUCGACUGUACUAGUUUUGAAUUAAAUAAGAUGUCAUGUAAGCAUAAGGAAUGAUAUUAAAAAAGUAUGGUUACGUAAACUAUCGGUAUUUGUAAAGAAAUGGCUACGUCUUUUGAAGAUAUCAUUAAAUGUCUUCAAAGCAUUUAAGACGAGAUUUCGUCUUAUGUAUCAGUUAAUUUAUUGCCUAAUAUUUUUAGAAUGUAAACAUAAACAGGCGAGUUUUUAUGAUGGUAUUGUAACUCAAUGAAUGUGCUUAUUGUAUGUGUAAAGGAAGAUACGAAAAAGGGAGUGAAAAAAAUAGUAAAUAACAUAAUUUUGAGCAUGUCUAGAUUGCCUAAGAUGAAAUGUAAUAAUUAUCUUUUUUAUAUAUUCCAUUAUUCCGCGAGUGUAUGUAUGCCGCGCCUUAUGUAGUAUUGUACUUACUUGUUGUGAUUUGACAACCUAUGCUAGUCGACAUGGUCACACAUCGCGCAAACGCCAAAGUCUUGAAUUACCUACUUACUUAUUUAUUAUUUAGAUGCAUUUAAAUCUUUCUUAUACACUUUUUAAGUUCAUAAAGUGAUAAUUCUAAAUAGUUGUAGCAAUUUUAAAACUUCACAUAAAUAUUGUACAAAAAAUAAGUAAAUUAUUGCAAUAACUAAAUGAAAUUGAAAACGACUUAGGUACCGUCCACAGCGCGUGAUUGCAUUUUGUUUAAGAAUCUCAUGAAAUUUUAAUUUGUAUUGAUAUUUUUUAAAAGUAUUACUAGUUUUAAGUGAGCAGUGUUUAGUUUAGUUUUAUUUGUGAUACUCCAAAACUGCCCAGAUCUAAAUUGUUUAUCUCAAAAUCUACAAUGAUGGUGGAGACUUGGCAACUAUAUGAAAUGUUUGUAGCAGUAUGGGCAGGAUGAAUGAUGAGCAGUGCAUGUAGUUGUAAUUUUAACUCCAAUAUAAAUAACUGACAGAGUGGUCUCGCGUGGAAGCAGGCGCCGAUGUUAGAAAUGUAGCUGCAAUUACUGUCAUUCCCAGCCACUAAACAACGGAUCUCUUGUAUAUUUUUAAAAAUUUAUUAUACCUUAUGUAAUAUAUUCGAAAAUUAAUAUAUAAUUUAUGCAGCCGAGCUGUUUUAGAUAUCAUUUUUAAUUUAAAUAUUCUGAACUUUUGUUUUAGCAAAUAUCAAUGGAUUUUUACUGUUAUUUAUUCAAAGCUUAUUUUGUACUAGUAGUGCCAUAUACCAGGACGUUGGUCACAGCGUAUCAUGUACGAUGCUGUCACUGGCGAGCGAGGCUUAGCUUGAGUACAAAGUGUGAAAUAGUGAGAUACAUCGGCAAAGUUUUAAUCUCAUAUAUUAUUAUAUAUUACGUGAAAAUAUAUUUUGAAUAUGCUAAAUAAAAGUUAAA